AUGAGUGACGAUAACGAACUUGUCAAAGCUGACAGCGUUACCGUGCUGACGAACCUUCCGCCUGUUUUCCCGCUCCUUUUAGCCGUACCCAAAUAUGACUACAGAUUAUUCAACGCAAACGGCAAGCUUGCCGACGUCUGGCUCCAGAAGGAGUACCAGAAGUUGUCAAUCAAGUCGGUUUCAAGGGAAAAUCGCAAACGAAAUCGUACCGGCGGAGAACAAGACACCGAAGAGGUGUUUGAUCAGGACCGUGAAUCUACAGAGUCAUGUGAUGACAUGAUAAUACUGGACACUGAUUCCAAUAGCCAGUUGUCGGCGGCACCUUCUUCUUCCAUCACGUCGAUUGUAGCAGCAGCACGGGAAAACGGUUUGGUACAUCCUCCCAAGAGAAGACUCACGUCAUCUACCUUCACGGAGGCUAUCAAUCUUUCUAAUCCCGUUCCACUUGUUGGAACGAACUCUAGUAGUAUAGUGUAUGAAGCUAUGAACAACAGCUCUAGUACAGUCACCACUACCGCCGUUGCAGUGUCACAACCUCAGCACUCUCAACCGCAAAGGCCGCGUACACCUAAUGCUAUCAACUCUCCUUCUCAUACGCCUAUUUCUGACUAUGAAGAAGAUCAGCCUCAGCAGCUUCCUCUUCCAUCUCCCAGCGCUUCACCAGUGCAAAGUGGAGAGACCAAGAUAUCGACGUUCGACCCCAUAGAGAACCAGUUAAAGCACAUACCUGCGACACAGGUGGAAUUGCUAGAAUUGAUGGUGAAUUUGUCUGGCUACUUCAACGAACGAAACCAGAACCAUCUCAUAUUCAGAUUGCUUCAGAACUUGAACCGAUCCUCGUUAAGCACUUUCAACGAGCUUAUCCAUAACAAUUUACGUAGAGACUUGAUCAGCAACUUGCCUCUUGAGAUUACCCUAAAGAUUCUUUCUUUCUUGGAUCAUAAGACUUUGUUGUCAUUGUCUAGAGUCUGUAAAAAUUGGUGCAAAAUCAUCAACAAUACCAGCAUCUGGAUCAACUUGUUGAAGCGAGACAAGUUGAUAACGAGCGAUGAAGUUAUUCACAAGGAAUUGGAGAACUCUGAAGAACUUCUAGAAGAAUGGAGCGAAAACUCCCAUGAUGUAAAUGUAGCACAAGUGUUGUACAAGAAGCGAUGUAUCAUCGUUAACAGAUGGAUGGAUCCAAACUAUGAGCCGCUUAGAAAAAGUGUGCCUGUUAAAUCUGAUGGCAGUAAGGUAGUAACAUGUUUACAACACGACGACGAAAAGAUAAUCACGGGAGUUGACAACAAGUCUGUCUUUAUUUAUUCUACAAGAACAGGGAAGUUGUUGAGGGAGCUAGAGGGCCAUGAAGGUGGUGUCUGGGCAUUGAAAUAUACUGGUAAUACUUUAGUGACAGGAUCCACAGACAGAACGGUCCGUAUAUGGAACAUGAAAUCCGGAAGAUGCACUCAUGUGUUCAGAGGCCAUACGUCCACCAUCAGAUGUUUGGAUAUCAUGCAUCCUGUGGUCAUCGGCAAGGACAUCAACGGUGCAGAUAUCAUAUUUCCCGAGUAUCCGUUGUUAGUAACUGGAGCUAGAGAUCAUAAUAUCCAUGUUUGGAGGUUGCCUAUAAAUAACGAGGAUGACCCAGAAAUAGACGAAAGACCUUUCGAUUGCAAUGAUUCGGAGAAUCCGUACUUGAUAGCAGUUUUGUCUGGUCACACUCACUCUGUUCGUUCAGUUUCCGGCUAUGGUAACAUCAUUAUAUCAGGUUCAUACGACUCAACAGUAAGAGUGUGGGACUUGAUGGAAAACGGGAUAUGUAAGCAUGUCUUGACUGGCCAUCAUGACAAGGUAUAUUCCACGGCUUUAGACUUCAAUUCCAGAACCUGUUUCUCAGGUUCUAUGGAUUCCAACAUCAACAUCUGGAACUUUGAUACAGGCAAGCUUUUGAACACUUUGGAAGGACACACCAUGUUGGUAGGUUUAUUGGAUUUGGUGGAAGGUGUAUUGGUCUCUGCAGCAGCUGAUGCAUCACUCCGAAUCUGGGACCCAAAGACUGGCAAGUGCUUCAGCAAGCUUGAAGGUCACACUGGAGCCAUCACCUGUUUCGAGCACGAUGGUCUCAAGGUAGUAAGUGGUAGUGACAAGAUGUUGAAGUUGUGGGAUGUGAAGGAAGGAAGAUUUUCUAGAGAUUUGCUCAACGACGUAGCUGGAGCUAUAUGGCAGGUAAGAAUCGAUUACAAACGUUGUGUUGCUGCUGUCCAAAGAUACAGAAACGAUGAGGAAAACGAGACUUUCAUUGAGAUCUUGGACUUUAGCGAACCACCUAGGAAGAGAUUCGAAAGGUUACAGGAACAGUAGAUUUGUAUUGUUGGUUAGUUACGUAUGAAGGAGGAAUUGUCUUCUCUUCUUUUUAAUGUUUUAUUAUAAUUUC